UGCUGUCCGGCCUUCCCCAGGCCGCCGGGCCCCCCGCGGUGCUGCGCACCUUGACCCCGCGGCUCGCGGUCAGCGGUCAGCCCGCCCCCGGGUCGCAGCGUCUUCUGGGCGGGGGCGCGCUCCUCUGAUGGCCCAGCACCUACAGCCCUGGCACAUGGGGCCGGGAGGGACCCCCGAGCACGUCUGACCCCACCCCGGGACAGACAGAUGGGCAGGUGUAAAGAGGCUGCGAGGCCCCCUCACUAGGGGCCACGGAGUGACCGGGUCACGGCCCUCACCCACUCCCCGCUGCUCCAAGGCCCUGGGCUCCUAGCCCGGCAGCGCGGCACCUGACUCCUUUGGGAAGUGUUCACACGCAUGAGGCGUCUGAGCGGUUUUGGCAUUUUCUCUGCCCCAUGUCAUUGGCCUGAUUCAGGUCAGCCAGGCUGUCACUGGUCUGUAUGCGGGUGAGGUCCUGGGCGCCAGCACCCAGUUCUAUGGGCCACCGGGGCAGGGGUGCCACCAGGGCAGAACAUCCCAGGGAGGUACCCAGUCUGGGGAGUCUGGGGCACUGCAGGGGUGGGAAGAGGGCUGGCUGCACACUGAGCAUCCGGAAUGUUCCAGCAUUCCCCGGGAGGGUGGACGGUGGAGCUACCCUCCACAAAGCCUCCUCUCGGUUCUGUUAUGUGCGGGGUGCUUCCACCCCCAUGGUGGGCCACCACAAAUCCUCACCCUCAUUCUCGAGCCUCUUUUCCAGUCUGCUGUCCAGGUAUUCACUUUCCCUAAGGAGCCUGGUUCUGGUGGGUGCUGGCUCUUCUCCACCCUCCUCCUCCCAGGCUCCCUCCCCAGCCCGGCCUGCUGCCCCUCCCUGCCGCCCCAGGCGGGAGCUCACACUGGGCAGCCCCGCACCUGGCCCUGGAGAGCCCUCCGACUAGAAUCCUCUCCUGGUUCCAUUCCUGCCCUCCCAGCCCCCUCCCUGCCUGGGAACCAGCUCCGGCUCCUGCCCCUCCCUCCUGCCCCUGCCCUCCGGGUGAGCUGAGAACAUUCUCCUUUGCCCUUGGUCCUUGGGCCAUAUCCCCAUCCCUCCCCUCCUGGACAUCCGUUUCCACUGAAGCAGCCACUCAGACACCACUGGCACUUUCUCCAACAGCUGCUUCUCUGUCUUCUGUCCCUGUUAAUACCACCCCUGACUGUCAAUUCACAGGCGGUUCUUGAGGCCCCUCCAUGCGGGGCCCAGGACUCAGGCCCGCACAGGGCCCUGUAUCGUGGGGCUCAGGCGUGGGGGCGUGGUUUCCACACCCCCUCACACACUUACCCCAGCUCUUCCACCCUGGGCUUCUGGGAUCUGUCCUCCGCUGCUGCAGCCCUGCAGGGCUGGGGUGGAGAGGGGAGCCGGCUGCCUCUGUUUGGGCCCGCAGACGCUGUCUGGGGCCCUGUCCCACCCCUUCUGCUGCCCCUCUGGGCUUAGCACUUGGCCAGCUGUGAUUCCUGUGAUUCUGCUGAGCUCAACACAUAGCUCUCAGGGGUCUAGGCUGCAGGGACAGGGUGGAGUCUGACCCUGAUUCCCCCUGCCCUGCGUUGAGCCCCCUCCCCAUCCCCGCCCUGGGCCCAUGGGCUCCCCAAGCAGCUGCGUGGCUCGCUCUCACAGGGACCGCGUUUUCCAAAGAGGCUGCAAACGUCCACAUCUGGAGGGUGAACCGGAGGCUUUGACUCUAGAAAGAUGGAGUGUGGUGGGGAGCAACUUCCAGUCAGGAAGAGCCUUCUGAGAUCCCUAGGGCAGCUCCCCAGGCGGGGGAAGGAUUGAGAGGGGACUAUGGGAGAACCAGGCCUGAGGCUCAGAGGUCGGGGGGCGGGAGGCUGUGACCUGCGGACCUCUGCCCUCCCUGGGCCUGGCUGGGGGCCUGGGGGACUCCGACGCUCCAUGCCUGGCCUGCCCCAGAGUUCCAGUUGGGACGGGGUGUCAAUGAUUAACGUGCCCGGCACUGCGGGCGUGGGCUCUGGCCUAGUGACAGUGGUGAGGGGCAGUGAGGAGAGCGGCCACAGCACAGCUGUUUGGAUUGUCACUGUUGGGAGCAGUUCCGCACCAGCUGGUAAACACUGGCCUGCGGGGCAGUCAGUGCUGCACGUGUGAGCCCUGCCAAAGGUCAGGGUGGCGGAGAGAGGGUUGGGGGAGGAGGCUCAGGGGAGGCUCUGGCAGCUAGGGACACCCCUCGGCCCAUCCCCUCUGAGUUCAGCGAAGCUAUCUCUGGUCGAGGGGCAGCGUGAAUCCAGACAGCCGACAAGCCGGCCCCUGGCGGGCACAGCAAGGUGGGCAGGGCUCCGGGGCCUGGCUGCUAAAGGUCUAGACACCCGUCCUGAAUAUGUUGCCACACACGCAAGUUCAACAUUUCAUAGCCAAACCAUAGUGGUUCGAGGGGCACCAGCUGUCCUGGGGACAAACCAGCCCUUACCGGUGAGUGCGUCUGUGUGGCCCAGGGAUGAGGUGAGUGAGUCUGUGUGGCUCAGGGACGAGGCUCAGUCCGGGCAGUUUCUGAUUUUGUAAGGCCUGAAGCUUGGGGGCCCUUGUUAGUAAAAUUAACACAAUUUACAGACUCAGAGUCAGAUGCGUGUUCCUGGGACAUAGAGGUUGCAGGCAGAAGGCCUCGGCUGGACUCUGGAGGGUUACACACAGUCCAGGGAGGGAGCAAGGGCAACUAGGGAACGUAUGGGAAGAGCACCAGGGCCUGGACCUCAAGGAGGGCUUCCUGGAGGUGGUGCCCUGAGCUGAGGUGAAGAAUCUCUAGGGUGAGAAGCAGAGGACUUCCAGGCAGAGCCAACGGUAUGUCCGUGGGUGGAGCGAGUGUGUGCACUCUGGGAAGUGGGGGAAGAAAAGUGGGCACUUGUGGCCGAGUUGUGGCAGGGCCAGGGCCCCCUGAGCCUCGGUAGGCGGUUGGGGCCGACCCGGAGAUGGGGGUGUUACAGAGCCGCUGGGGCUGUCUGGGUGAGAGCAGCAGUUGACCUGGGCUCCAAGGGAGGAAGACAUACCAUCCGGACAGCAGCCGGCUGCCCGCUCUGGCCGGAGCUCUGGGGCAGCCGCAUGCCCGUCCGCCCGUGCCUGGCUUCCCUGAGGGCAGAGCCCGCCCGGCCCAGCACCCCUGUCCUGGCCUGGCUCCCACCCCUGCUCUGGGCCUGGUCCCCACGCGGAGGCCGGAGCUGGCGUCUACGGAGGCUGACGGCACCCUCCACCCCCCCCCCCGGGACUCUGCCUGCAGUGCUCGUCCCUGGGAGGGGCCUGGCCGCUGUGCUGAGGACGCUGCCUAUGUUCCAUGACGAGGAGCACGCCCGGGCCCGGGGUCUCCCUGAGGACACCCUGGUGCUGCCACCUGCCAGCCCCGGCCAGAGGGUCGUCUACACAGUGCUGGAGUGCCAGCCCCUCUUCGACUCCAGUGACAUGACCAUCGCUGAGUGGGUUCAGAUUGCCCAGACCAUCGAGAGACACUAUGCGCAGUACGACGGCUUUGUGGUCAUCCACGGCACCGACACCAUGGCCUUCGCCGCCUCUGUGCUCUCCUUCGUGCUGGAAAACCUGCAGAAAACCAUUAUCCUCACUGGUGCCCAGGUGCCCAUCCACGCCCUUUGGAACGAUGGCCGUGAGAACCUUCUGGGUGCUCUGCUCCUGGCCGGCCAGUACGUGAUCCCCGAGGUCUGCCUGUUCUUCCAGAAUCAGCUGUUUCGGGGCAACCGAGUGACCAAGGUGGACACGCGCAGGUUCGCAGCCUUCUGCUCCCCCAACCUGCCCCCUCUGGCCAUCGUGGGUGCUGACGUCACGAUCAACCGGGAGCUGGUGCGCAGGGCCGGCGGGAAGGGCCGGCUGAUGGUCCACAGCAGCGUGGAGCACGACGUGGGCUUGCUGCGCCUGUACCCUGGGAUCCCCGCCCCUCUGGUCAGGGCCUUCCUGCAGCCCCCUCUGAAGGGCGUGGUCUUGGAGACCUUCGGCUCAGGGAACGGGCCCACCAAGCCUGACCUGCUUCGGGAGCUGCGGGCGGCGGCUGAGAGAGGCCUGGUCAUCGUCAACUGCACCCAUUGCCUUCAGGGUGCCGUCACCUCAGACUACUGCGCUGGCGUGGCCAUGGCGGGGGCUGGCACCGUCUCAGGCUUCGACAUGACCUCAGAGGCGGCCUUGGCCAAGCUGUCCUAUGUGCUGGGCCUGCCGGGGCUGGGCCUGAGCCGCAGGAAGGAGCUGUUGGUCAGGGACCUUCGGGGGGAGAUGACACCGCCUGCAGUGGACGAGCUCUGGUCCUCUGUGCAGGGCAAUGCACUGAGCCGCGGGGUUGCCCAGCUCCUCAGUCUGAGCCAGGAGGCCGAUGCUGUGCGGGACACGCUGGCGCCCAGCCUGGCCUGUGCUGCGGCCCAUGCCGGGGACCUGGAGGCCCUGCAGGUGCUUGCGGAGCUGGGAGGUGACCUGAGCCUGGAGGACUUCAGUGGUCGAACUCCGCUGCACGCGGCCGCCCGGAGGGGCCAGACUGGGGUGGUGACCACGCUGCUGCAGAGCGGGGUGGACGUGAACGCACGAGACCAGGACGGCCUUAGCCCGUUGCUGCUGGCCGUGAGGGGCAGGCAUCAGGAUGUCAUUGGGCUGCUGCGGGCAGCUGGGGCCUGCCUGUCAACCCAGGACCGGGAGGACUUGGGGACGGAGUUGUGCAGGCUGGCAUCCAGGGCCGACCUAGAAGGCCUGCGGGCAUGGUGGCAGGCGGGGGCCGACCUGAGGCAGCCGGGGUAUGAUGGGCGCAGCGCCCAGCUCACCGCAGAGGCAGUUGGGAACCUGGACGUGGUGACCUUUCUGCAGAGCCUCCGGCAUGGGGCUGGUGUCGAGGCCCUGGGCCCGGCUGCUUCAUAGCGCACCCAACACAGCACCAGAGGCCCCAGCCAUGGCCAAGAAGCUCAUGAAGCCUUCAGGGGACCUGCCCACCCUGCACCUCCUCCUCACUGGGACCAGCACCCACUGGGCUGGGUGCUCCCUCCUGCCUCCCAGGCUGGGUAGGCCAGGUCCUGAGCUAACUCCCCAUCCCUGCCCCAUCAGCUGGCUCUCUGGAACUCUCCAGGCUGGUUGGGUUUGCUCAGGUCCUUUGGUCCCUCUUCUGUGAAAGGCUGGGCCCCACUGACACGUGCCCGGGCUUGUCUGCCCUGCCCCCUUUCAGUACCUGGGCCUCCACUUGUUUUCUGGAGACCUCCCAUUUCCAGGAAGUUCUGCCUGGUGUCUAACCUGAAGCUGUCCUGCUGCAGUGCAAGCCAUUCCUUCCUGUUGUGACCUGCUGGAGGGAUCGCAGUCACCCCUGGGGCUCUGACUGAUGUGUCCACCCCUCCGCCCCCUUCCUCUGUGGAACUGCUUCCCAUUCUGUUUCUAAGUUGCAGCCUAAAGGUCUCUGUUGGGUAGACUGGCAAUAAAGUCUCUCUGGGGACCAUUUGCUCUCCAGAUCCCCAAAGCCCGGCUCCAGUGGGUCUGUCUGUGUCCCAGGACUGUGGGGGUGUGUGUGGGGUGUCCGGCCCCAGGCUCUGGGUCAGAGGGCGGUGUCUCCAGCACUCUGGGGGCAAGGGAUGCUCUGCUAAUCCUUGCGCAGCAUGAGUGAGUGUGGAUGUGAGCCUGGCUGAGUGGGGGUGGGCGGACUUUCCCUCCUCCAGACAGCCUCUGCCCCAUCCCCUUUCAUCCCAGUCAUUCUUGGGGCUUGGAGUCACCUCCUCCAGGCAGUGCCCCCCCCAUAUCUCCUCCUGCUUAACUCCUGGCAGAGACCAUCUCUCUUGUCCUGGUCCCUACUGGCUGCUUUUCACAGGGUCUCUGGUGUGCUGGCCCCUUGGCAUGGUUCACUCCAGCCCCUGAACUGCCUGUAGCCCCUGACCCACUACCUUUUAUGAGCUGGGCCCGCCUUGGGGAGGCAGAGAAGGGGCGGCCCGCACUGGCCUUGGUUGCAGCAGCCCGGGUGGACAGCAGGUGGAAGCAGCCCAGCUGUGGGCAGUUGUGGGAUGGGCGGGGCAGGCCCAGGCCUGGUGGGCGUGGCGCUCUGAGGUUGCUGCUGUUCCUGCUCAGAGACCCAGUUGGGGCUGAGGCGUUUGGACCCCAGGCCUGUUCUCUAGGCGAACCAUAAGCAGUCCGGUGGGGCCAGGGCCUGGGCUCCCCACUUCCCCCGCACACAGUGUCCGACCCUCAGGCUGGGCGUGAGGAGCUGUGCAGACCGCCCCGCUCUGGGUACCGCCUGCACUUCGGUGACUAACUGCCCACAGGAGGGCUGCCUUCUAUCUGGCCAUCUGGCCCCUGGACUGAGGUCUCAGGAAGACGCUGGGCCCAGCCUGAGGGCAUGCUCCCCGUAGAUACUGGGCCAAAGUGUGACCCCAAAGAGCUCUCCCUUGGCACCUCCCACGCAGCCUCUCCCAGAGGGGCUUGGCCUGGGGCGGCUCCACCCGCACCCCCGGGCUUCUCAGCCCAGUUCCCAGGCCCGGGCUGGCACCGUGACUGGCAGCCUUCCAGAUCUCGCCCAGACACGGGUGUGCCUGGCCUUGCACAACCAGGUAACACCACAUAAGCGCAGUGGAUGAUGGGGAGCCUUUGCCCCACCCCCUGAUGAAGGCCCGAGGGAUGGGGGCGUGGGGGGGACAUGGGGGGAGGGAGGGGCCCUGGGGGUCCAGAGCCAGGAGCCCUUGCUAUUGCUGGUGGACUGGGAUCUUCAGAAGGCCAGAGGGCGGUGGGACAUCCCCUCUGGUGCCUGGCACGCAGCAGCUCACCAGAAACACCCACCCCCAGGGACGGACGGGGGACAAGGCAGAGCCCACUGCUCCCAGCCCUUCCCCAGGCCUCCUCAGAGCCUGGGGUUGUGACAGCUGCCAGUGCCUCCUGUUACCCCACAGGGCACCUCCCUCACAGAGCAGGUGCCGACCCGCCAGUGCAGAGGUGCCCCCGUGUCCUGGGUGCCCACGGAGAGAGCACUUGCUGAGCUGGCUUUUCCCCAGGAGGGUCACUGACGGCCGGGAGAAGCUUCUGCCAGCCCAGCAGUUGCAGGGAACUCCCCAUCAGGGAUGGGCGGCCAGGCCCCUGUUCUCGGCCCCUCCACAUGCUCGUGGGACGCAGAGCCCCACAGUGAGCAGCUCUUGGACUGGACAAGUGUCUCAGAAAGUUCUGGAAAGUCUCAUGCACAUGUCUGGAAAGUUCCCCAGGGCCAUUCUCUGUGGAGCUCCUCAGAGGGUCUCCGAACAGCAGCAGGGGGACUAAGGGUCUGUCCUCUGUGGUCCCAGCACCGUGUGAGGGGGCAGCUGCACGGGGGACAGUAUUGGAGGCUCACGCCGCCGGCCAGCCUCUUCCGUCCAUCCCAUCCUGCCCAGAGAGGGCUCUGAGAAACUCAGGCCCAGUCCUGUGCGCAGGGUCCACACUGGCACCUGCCCCAGCCGCAUCACCUCUGCAGGUAGCCACCCGGGGACAUGGCAAGGGGCUGGCAUGAGAUGUGGAGCAAGGCUUGGCAUGGGAAGGGCUGGGGCAACGUGGGAGGCCCCCUGAGCCCCGCAGGGUCUCGCAGGGACCAGACUCCCUGGAUGGAUGAGAGCCGCAUUGCUUACACCCAGUGGUUUCACUUGGGCGAGGCGCUGGCUCCCAGCAGCCCGUCUCAGGUCCCUGGGAGCCCGGCAUCACCUCUGGGAAACUUCUCUCUCUCACUCAGGCCACUGUCCACGUGUACUCCACCAUAAAAUCAGACUUCUCGGUCGGGGCCAGUCUCACCCCAGCUAUAGGUCACCUGGGGAAGUUCCCUUUCUGGUCACAUCUCAGUACCUCCUGCUGCAAGUGGGAACCACUGACGUUUGCUCUGUUCCCUCUUCCUCCCGGCUCUUACCUGUCCCCUCUAGUGCUGGAGACAGUGACGGUGUGCAGGGAGGGUCUGCCCUGGGCUGGGCUGUACCAGGGCUUAAGGCUGGGGACAGGAGAGGUGGGUGCUUUCCACCCACGCAGUGGUGGCGGUGGUGGCAGUUGGGGGAGGAAUUCCCAAGCUCUCUUCCCGGUAACACACCUCUGUGUCCCCUCCCACUGCUCCCUCCCUCUCCUAGUGCCUGACCCCCUCACUGACACUCAGGCAGCCGACUCAGCAGAGGUGCCGGCUGCGGAGUCCCAGUUCCACCACAGAGAGCUGUUGAACCUUUGAGAAGUCACUGCCUCUCUCUGAGCCUCAGUUUCCCUGAGUGCAAAAUGGAAACAAUAAAACCGUUGC